AUGUUGAGGUCAAAGAGAUUCCUUCUCCCACUCUGUACAGUAAUAUUGGUAGUUCUUCUAUUUCUGGAAGUACUUCUACAACUGCCUUUUGACCGUGACUCUCAUUUUGAUUUGCUCAAGCCUCGAUCAUUUGAAAUUCUUGAUUGUCUGGACCCUGAGGUCCACGAAGAAAACAUGUUAAGCGAGGAUGAUAAACUGGAUGCUAUGGGGGAAACUAAGAUUGCACAUGCCUCAGAAUGCACGUAUCCUGUUUUUCGUCGUCGCCCAGGGAAACGGCUGGUUCUGGUGCUAACCUACCUUCGCAGUGGAUCUACCUUGACCGGCGAUAUUCUUCAGCAAUCUCCGCAAGCUUUUUACUUGUACGAGCCCUUGAAAUUGUAUAAGUCCAAAAUAUUCCUGGAUGGCCAAGCUUGCGAAACAGCCGUGAUGAACUGUUCGCAAUUUAACACCAGUGAAAUUUUAGAGGUUUUUGGCGAUCUCUUCCGCUGUCGUCUGCAAGAACAUAAGCGAAAUAUUCUUGGUCCGCGAAAGCACAGUUUGGCGGUAAUGAGUGCGAUUCCUUACUGCAAGUCAAGACCAGGUUUCGACACGUGUAUGAAGAUGGUACAGGCAAUUUGUCACCAUUCUAAUGCAAUAAUUGUCAAAACUAUCCGGUUGUCUAUGGAAUUUGUUCCUCGCCUUUUGUUGAAGUUCCCGGAUCUUCGUAUUAUUCACUUACUGAGAGAUCCUCGUGGAACCAUGGACUCCAGGAAACGGGGCGGAUAUUUACGAAAAAUAAAAAUUAGUUCGAGUGCUAAAUGGUUGUGUGAACGAAUCCAGACAGACGUAGAAUAUUCAAAAGUUCUGCAAAGACGGUUUCCUAACCGCAUCAUUACAGUGCUGUAUGAGGAAUUAGCUGAGAAUCCAAUAGAUAUGUCAAAUAAAUUAUACAGAAAUUUGAAUUUAGAGUUCAGUGAUAGCUUUGAUGAAUGGAUUUUUAAUCACACUUCCGCCGGAAACCCAAACGAUUCUUUUUACGGAACAAUUCGCUCGAACUCCACUCUAACAUCUCAAUCAUGGAGAAAAAGAUUGAAAUUAAGGGAUGUUCGACUGAUUGAAGACGAGUGUAAAGAUGUGCUUAAUCUACUUGGUUUCAGAAAGGUUAAUGACGAGGAGGAUCUGAAAAAUACUGACAAGAGUUUAAGAUUACGUAGUUUAUACACUUUGGAAUAA